AUGAUGGCUGCAGCGGGAAAUGCCUCUAAACCUAGCCUAAAUAAUUUUUACGCGGAAGGACUGGGUCAUCUUCGGGAAGGACUUUUCUCUUGUUUUCGACCAGUUUUAGGAUACUUCGGAGGAAAACCUACACAAGAAAUUGAGAAAACUGAAGACGAAGGAUGGGAAAUUCCAUUUGACGCAAUCUCUAACCUAGAAUGGCUUGGCUCGGGGUCUCAAGGAGCUGUUUUCCAUGGACAAUAUGAAAAUAGAACUGUUGCUGUCAAAAAAGUCAAUCAACUAAAAGAGACUGAAAUCAAACACCUUCGACAUCUUCGGCACAAAAAUAUCAUCGAAUUUCUAGGAGUUUGCUCGAAAAGUCCGUGCUAUUGCAUUGUGAUGGAAUACUGUCCAAAAGGGCAAUUAUGUACAGUACUCAGACAAAAGAAUCUUAUCACGCGUCAAAUGUUCUCGGAUUGGGUUAAAGAAAUCGCAGAUGGAAUGCAUUAUCUUCAUCAAAAUAAAGUCAUUCAUCGAGAUUUGAAAUCACCAAACAUCUUAAUCUCUGCUGAAGACUCUAUCAAAAUUUGUGAUUUUGGAACAUCCCAUCUACAAAAGAAAAAUGACAGUACUAUGAUGUCAUUUUGUGGGACUGUAAGCUGGAUGGCUCCUGAAAUGAUCAAAAAGGAACCUUGCAACGAAAAAGUCGACGUCUAUUCAUUUGGUGUUGUUCUUUGGGAAAUGCUCACUCGAGAAACCCCGUAUGCUAACAUUGCUCAAAUGGCGAUUAUCUUUGGUGUCGGAACAAACAUUCUUAACUUACCAAUGCCAGAAGAAGCUCCACGUGGGCUAGUACUACUCAUCAAGCAGUGUCUUUCCCAAAAAGGCCGAAACCGUCCGUCGUUCUCACACAUUCGUCAGCACUGGGAGAUAUUCAAGCCAGAACUGUUCGAGAUGACAGAAGAUGAAUGGCAGGUGGCUUGGGAUUCAUACAGAGAAUUCGCAAAAGCCAUUCAGUACCCUUCUACUGUAACUAAAGAUCACGGUGGACCAAAAAGUGCGUUUGCCAUGGAGGAGGAGAUGCAAAGAAAGCGUCAUGAACAGCUGAAUCAUAUUAAGGAUAUCCGUCAUAUGUAUGAAGCCAAAUUGAAACGAACUAACAAAAUGUACGAUAAACUGCAAGGAUGUUUCACAGAGCUUAAAUUGAAGGAACACGAGUUGGCGGAGUGGGAAAGAAAUUUAGCAGAACGAGAGCAAAUGCAUGUUUAUAACAGUCCAAGAUCCAUGUCAGCUGCUCCAAGAUUUCAACUUCGUGGAAACUGCUAUCCUAACGAAGCUUAUGAGGAAAUGUCAUCAGAUGAGGAUGGUCAGUGCCCACCUUGUCGAGGAUCACCAUAUCGAAAUUCGAACAUGAGCACGUCUUCUGGUGCUCAAAGCUCACCAUUUUCAAGGCAAUCUUCAUGUAGAAGCAGUGCUGGUCAACAAACUCGAAGAAGUGAAGGGGCCAAUGCUCAGAAAAUCUCCCGAAACGAUUUGUUGCGGCAUUCAUCAUCCUACUGGGAAACAAUUGGAAACAGAGGAUCUCCAGCAAGAGGAUCCGGAUUCUCACAAGACUCUGGAGUGUGGAGUGCUGGAGUCAGUUCCAUGGCAAUCAAUGGAGGAGUACAAGGCGGAGUACCCGUCACCUACGCUCAAACCAUUUAUCGAAACGGGGAAGGAAGAUGGUCGGACGGGCGAAUUGCUUCACGUCGCCGUGUGUCUUCAUCUGCCAACAAGAACUUGCCGCCUGUUUUCUUUACACGAGACAGUCCUUCUCGUGUUCCUCACGGUGUGGUCAAUCACUCUGCUCCAAGAAGCAGCUCGAAACUCAACCGCUCAUCGUAUCCAUCUCGAAAUGCUCCACAUCAACUGGAAGACGGGUGUUGUUGCAACCAUGGCCGUGUUCCACGAGCGAAAUCUGUUGCGGUGUCCAUGGCAACUCGUGGGAGAUCUCCAACACCAUACGACAACGAUGCUUCAGAUGCUGCAGAGAAUCCUGAUAUUCACUAUGAACUGCAAAUUCCAGAGACUACUUCAUAUGACGAGGCGUUGAAGUCAAUUGGAGAAACAGACGAUGUAGAAAUGGAUGCAGCUAAUGGCGUCAAUCCUAUUUAUUCCUCUCCAAUAACUACCUAUAACAAUCCUUGCCAUGUAAACUAUGAAAAUGUGACAGAAGAGAAUGCUAAUGACAUUGAUCUGACUUCUUCUAUGGAUUCAAGGAGAUCAAGAGCUGAUGACGCAGACGUGGAAUCGUCAGAGGAUGAAGGAAAUGGAAAUAAUAUUCUAAACACUUCGAUGGAGUCCGAGGAAUUGAGGUACAGAAUCGAUACAUCGCAAAGUACUAUGAUGAGCUCUUUGGAAAGAAGCCUUGAGAUUGGUGCUACUAGAUCCGAUGGACUGAGCGAUAACGAACGGAGGGUUCAGGCUGUGAAGCACAGCAUUAAGACACACAGAAGAACAUCCUCGAACCCUCAAGCUAUCAUUCAUCAACGUAUUGAAGAAUAUUCGUCGUCUGCCACAGAAGAUAGUGAUGACGCUGGAGCCGUCAGAAUUUGA